UACCAACCAACCCCACAUACAUACACACAAGUAUUGUUGCGUUUUCUCUCUCUAAGAAUACUUUCUCUCUCUCUACUUCUUGGUAUUAUUAUUUGUUACCAAGAAAUGGGUAGUAGUUUCUUUGGGAGACCAAAAAUGGGUGGAUCUUCCUCUUCAUCACCAACAUCUUCUUCUCCGGCAAAGAGAGGGAAGAACAAGAAUGGUUCUGACAAGCCUAAGCAGCCACAGAGAGGUCUCGGUGUGGCGCAGUUGGAGAAGAUUAGAUUACACAGCGAAAUUAAUUGCAACAGCUUCAAUGCUUACCCUACUUAUCACCCCUCAACUUUCAGUCCUCAGGAGGAUGUGAGAAUUCAAGGAGAAUAUCCGUCUAUACCAUAUUCAUCAUCGUCGGCUCAUUAUGGCAUUCAUCCAAACAUGAUGAUGAAUCCAAGUAAUGACCAAUACGAGAGAACAGCCAUAAGAUACAUAGAUGUUCAGCCUCACAUAGCACCAAGUUGGAACCCGAGCUACGGUAUCUUAGAGAGUCAACAUUUUGUGGAACCAAACUUAACCAGACACUUCUUACACGAGGAUGGGAGAAAUACAUCGGGUAACGGGAACUUCGAAACGAGUGAUGCAAGUGAGCCAGAUUUGGAGUUAAGAUUGUCACUUUGAGUAAUCAAUGAAUUCAUAUUAUUUUAAAAGUGGCCAUGGAUUUGUUAUAAACUCAAAGAAAUUAGAAAAAAAUAAUAUAUAAUUUAGGUCAUCAUUUGAUUUGUGGGUAUCGGAUUUUGAUGCCAUCAAGAUGUUUACCUUUUCGACAAAGUAUGCUUGUAAAUCUGCACGAUUUUCAUAUAUAUCAAAGUAGUCAUAAAG